CAGAGACAAGGAAUGUCUGAUUUCACGUGUUUGGUCUGUUAUCGAAGACGAAGAAGAAGAAUAAUUUCGUAAAUGUCAAAUAAGUGUAUGAAUGUUAUUGUUUUGUAAAAAUGUAAAAUGUUGCGCACAUUGCGAGUUAAAUAAUGUUUGUUUAAAAGAAAUGGUUUAUUUUGUAGUUUAGGUUAAGAAGAGAAAUAUUACAAUAUUUUUUUAAAUUUGCCUUAUGGAAUCAUUGCAUUCAAGAAUGGCAGAUGAGUCUCUCGGUUCUUCUGAUGAUAAUUCAACUGAUAGUGAUAUUAUACCCGAUAUACUCGAGAGUGUAAUGCAUACACAACUUCAAAUAAUGAGGCUGGAGUAUUUAAACAGCUCUAGAAACACUUUUCCGAGAAUCAGGCCUUGUCCUCCAAACACCACUAUUCUUAAGGAAAGUGAAUAUUAUGAGCUUACCAAAAAAGCCUGUUCUAUUAUAAGUCCAAAACGAAGACCCCUAAAAAGAUUAAGCAAAAAUGUCGCCAGCUUGAUAUGCAAUAGAGAGACUGGCGUUUACCCGACCACCAAUUUUUCUUAUGCCAACAAAUGUUAUGUCAAUAAUAAAUAUAUUCCCAAUCAUGUAUCCAUAAUCGAUAACACAGUGGGUAGAAUGUUCUGUGGAAUAUAUUCUUCAGAUGGAAAAUAUUUGCUGACAGCUUGCCAAGAUAGAUAUAUUAGAUUAUAUUGCGCAGAGGACGGAUCUUACAGGCAGUUAAAAAGUUUGAGAGCCCAGGAUUUCGGUUGGAGCAUAAUAGAUGUCGCCUUUAGCCCAGACCGAAACAAUUUCGUUUAUACGAGCUGGUCCAACGCCAUUUACUUAUGUUCCGUGCACGACGAGGAAAAUACUCAGGAGGCUUUGACUUUCUUGGACAUGGGCCGAAGGUUUUGCAUAUUUUCUGUGGUAUUUUCAUCGGAUGGUAAAGAGUUGUUGGGGGGUGCAAACGACGGGAACAUUUAUAUUUACGAUCGGGAACAACAUGUGCAAUCUUUAAAGAUAUCGGCGCACGAAUACGACGUGAACAGCGUCGUCUUCGCCGACGACUCAUCGAAAAUAAUCUACAGCGGCGGCGACGACGGGCUGGUGCGCGUCUGGGACCGCCGCACCAUGGACGACUCCCGGCCGCAGCACGUCGGCUGCCUGGCCGGGCACAUGGACGGCGUGACGCACGUCGACUCGCGCCGCGACGGCCGCCACCUCAUCUCGAACUCGAAGGAUCAGAGCAUCAAGCUGUGGGACGUGCGCAAGUUUUCCAGCGAGACGGCCGCGAUGAGCACGAUCAAGACUGCGCAGGAGCAGACGUGGGACUACAGGUGGCACGGGGUGCCGAAAAAACUUUUUGGAAAAAACAAUAAAAUAGACGGCGAUACAUCCAUAAUGACGUACAGAGAACAUGUCGUAACCAAAACAUUGAUUAGAUGCAGAUUUUCGCCGGUAGAAACCACCGGUCAAAGAUUUAUUUAUACAGGCUGUGGUAUGGGUAGAAUAAUAGUUUAUGAUUCUUUGACCGGGAAAGUCCAGCAAAACAUCAAUGGGCACACUGCAUGUGUCAGAGAUGUUUACUGGCAUCCAUACAGAAAUGAAAUAGUCAGUUCAGGGUGGGAUGGAGUAGUCGGUAAAUGGCAAUACAGGGACCCAGAAUAUUGUGAUUAUUUAGAAGACGACAUCAAUGAAAAAGAGUACUUCCACAAUAUUACCACCACCCCUUUAAGAAGAAGUCAGAGAUUAGCGGAUAAAAGAAGCACCCAGAAUAAUGAUUCUUGAUGAAAACUAGAUUUAAUAGGGAAUAAGUGUUCCUAGUUCAUAUUAUCAAAGUUUGAUAUAUUUUUGAUUUAUUAUGUUAAGUUAUGUUGAAAUAAAAUUCUUU